AAUGGGCGGCUGCGCACGCAGGGGCACUGCAACGCGGAGGAGAGGAUGGAGAUCCCGGUGCCUGUGCAGCCGUCUUGGCUGCGCCGCGCCUCGGCCCCGUUGCCCGGACUUUCGGCGCCCGGACGCCUCUUUGACCAGCGCUUCGGCGAGGGGCUGCUGGAGGCUGAGCUGGCUGCGCUCUGCCCCACCACGCUGGCCCCCUACUACCUGCGCGCACCCAGCGUGGCGCUGCCCGUCGCCCAGGUGCCGACGGACCCCGGCCACUUCUCGGUGCUGCUAGACGUGAAGCACUUCUCGCCGGAGGAAAUUGCUGUCAAGGUGGUGGGCGAGCACGUGGAGGUGCACGCGCGCCACGAGGAGCGCCCGGAUGAGCACGGAUUCGUCGCGCGCGAGUUCCACCGCCGCUACCGCCUGCCGCCUGGCGUGGAUCCGGCUGCCGUGACGUCCGCGCUGUCCCCCGAGGGCGUCCUGUCCAUCCAGGCCGCACCAGCGUCGGCCCAGGCCCCAUCGCCAGCAGCAGCCAAGUAGUGGGCUGGGCCGCGCCCGCACCCCGGGAACCUCCUCAGGCUCCCUCUGUUAAAGCCGAUCUGACUCCGCCCAGCCAGAUGUCCCGAGUGCGCCAAGGACUGUCCUCUCACUCACUCCUGGAUUCUGCCCUGACCUCCACCCUGGACACUGCCUUGAUAACCUAGACCCUUCCACUGACACCCUCGCUCUCACAGCCCCUCCAGCUUUCAAACCCCACACCGACAGCUCCCCGGCUUCCAGACCCUACCAGCACUACCCUAACCCUCAGCCGACAGCCUCAGCCCCACCGACCCACUUUCUUGGCAUAUAGCCCCACUUAAGACCCCUCCUCUACUUCCUUCUGAGUCCUCUACAAAGACACCCGGGUACUACAUUUCCAUCCCUUCCCUAUUUUGACACCAAAUUAUGGUGUAGACAGCCCUCCCCCAACCCCAGGCCAGUCAGGCACAAUCCCCCCACCCCCCAAACGUCCUGGACUGCACAGACCUCCCACUCCAGACCAUCCAGGCCUGGUUCCCAAGACCUGAUCUUUCCCCUGCAACCAGACGUCUACAACUGCCCCCUCUGGCCCAUUUUCUGCCGUGAAACCCCAGCCAGCCACACCAGACUCUGGAACCCUUUUCCGACCGCCCCAACUCUUAGACACCAGGCCAACCAGAACACCCAACACCAAACUGUACAGACUCUCCCACCCCAACCUCCCCAGACUCUGCACGGAUGUCCUAGGCCCCCUCCCCAACUCUAACCAGACCCCGUCCCCCUAAGUCCCUUUGUCUUGACCCCCAAGCCUUCAACCAGAUAUCCUCGGCAACUCACCUCCCACCCUCCUCCUCUUCUCCUUCAAGACCCAACUGAGCACCUGCUCUGAUUCCCCACAGCCUUUCUCCCUGCUACCACUCCCUUAGUCUUUCCCAGGCUUACUCUCCCAAUAAAUGUGCUACACCUCUGCCAA